AGCUCCCAGUUCUAAAGAGAGGCUGUUUACCAGAAGAGCAUAACAAGGGCAGGUCUGACUAAAAGGCUGAGACUGGGAGGCGCAGCCGCUGCCAAGGGACCCCAGUUGGACACUGGUAGUUCAAUCACCUGCAGAGCGGAGGAGGCGAGGAUGCUGUUCGUCUGGAUACAAACAUUCCUUCUCAGCAACAUGCUCCUAGCAGAAGCCCAUGGAUCUGGAGGCUGCUUCUGGGACAGCGGCCACCUGUACCGGGAGGACCAGACCUCGCCUGCACCAGGCCUCCGCUGUCUCAAUUGGCUGGACGCGCAGGGCCGCCUGAAGUCAGCCCCCGACUUGGGAUCCGGCAACCACAACUACUGCCGGAACCCGGAUAGGGAUCCGCGGGGACCCUGGUGCUACGUAAGCGGCGAGGCCGGCGCCCCUGAGAAGCGGCCUUGCGAGGAUGUGCGCUGCCCAGAGACCACUUCCCAGGUACCCCCAGGUUCCACUACAGAACCAGAGACAUCUGAAGCUCCACGUGAAGAUGAGGUGCAGGUGUUCCCUCCUGCCAAUGCCCUGCCUGCUCGGAGUGAGGCAGCAGCUGUGCAGCCAGUGAUUGGGAUCAGCCAGCGGGUGCGGAUGAACUCGAAGGAGAAAAAGGACCUGGGAACUCUGGGCUAUGUGCUGGGCAUUACCAUGAUGGUGAUCAUCAUCGCCAUUGGAGCUGGCAUCAUAUUGGGCUACACCUACAAGAGGGGGAAGGACUUGAAAGAGCAGCAUGAGCAGAAAGUGUGUGAGAGGGAGAUGCAGCGAAUCACUCUGCCUUUGUCUGCCUUCACCAACCCCACCUGUGAGAUUGUGGAUGAGAAGACUGUCGUGGUCCACAGCAGCCAGACUCCUGUUGAUCUGCCAGAAGGCAGCACACCCCUCAUGGGCCAGGCUGGCACCCCUGGGGCCUGAGCUCCUCUAGUGGGCAGGAGCCCAUGCAGACACUGGUGCAGGACCGCCCAUCCUCCUACAGCUGGGAGGAUCUACAUUUUGUGUUGUGGUUAAAACCCUAAACCCACUUUUUUUUUUUUUUUUUUUUUU